AUGGUCACCAUCACAGGAGUAACAACAAGAGAUGUCAGGUUUCCAACGUCCCUCGACAAGACCGGCAGCGAUGCUAUGAACGCCGCUGGGGAUUACUCCGCCGCCUACUGCAUCCUCCGCACUGAUUCUGAUCAUGAGGGCCACGGCAUGACCUUCACAAUUGGCCGCGGCAACGAGCUCGUCUGUCAAGCCAUUGCACUCCUCGGUGAGCGCGUGAAGGGCAGAACAUUGGAGUCGUUCGUCGAGGACUGGGGCAAGACCUGGCGCUAUCUAGUCUCAGACUCCCACCUUCGCUGGAUCGGGCCCGAAAAAGGCGUCAUACACCUCGCAUUGGGAGCAUUGGUCAACGGAAUCUGGGAUCUCUGGGCCAAAGUUCUGGACAAGCCGGUCUGGCGGAUUGUAGCAGACAUGACUCCAGAGGAGGUUGUAAAGUGCAUAGACUUCCGCUACAUCACGGACGCCAUCACACCAGAGGAAGCGGUGCAGUUGCUGAAAGAGCAAGAACCAACAAAAGCACAGCGCCGGCAGGAAGCACUUGAACACCGUGCAGUGCCGGCAUACACCACAUCUGCCGGCUGGUUAGGGUACGGCGAAGAUAAGAUGAAGUCUCUUCUACAAGAGACCGUCAGCCAAGGUUACCGACACUUCAAGCUUAAAGUCGGCACGUCCCUCGAGCAAGACAAGCAGCGUCUGCGGACCGCCCGGGAUGUGAUCGGCUACGACAAGGACAACGUCCUGAUGGUUGAUGCGAACCAAGUCUGGAGUGUCCCUGAAGCAAUCGAGUACAUGAAAGAGCUAGCAGAGUUCAAGCCCUGGUUCAUCGAAGAGCCCACCUCGCCAGACGACGUCUUCGGGCACAAAGCGAUACGCGAUGCUCUCAAGCCUCUCAACAUUGGCGUGGCAACCGGUGAAAUGUGCCAAAACCGUGUCAUUUUCAAACAACUCAUCCAGCAAGGCGCCAUCGACGUAUGUCAGAUCGACGCCUGCCGGAUGGGUGGUGUCAACGAAGUUCUCGCUGUCCUGCUCAUAGCCAGGAAGUACGGCGUGCCGAUUGUACCGCAUUCUGGUGGUGUGGGGUUGCCAGAGUAUACGCAGCAUCUUAGCACCAUCGACUAUGUCGUCGUGAGUGGCAAGCUGUCGGUGCUGGAGUAUGUGGAUCAUCUGCAUGAGCAUUUCUUGCACCCUGCUGUGAUCAAGGAUGGGUACUACACUACCCCGAUGAAUGCUGGCUACUCUGUCGAGAUGAAGUCGGAUAGCAUGGAUCGGUAUGAGUUUCCUGGUAAGGAGGGCGUGAGCUGGUGGAAGAGUGAGGAGGCGAGGCCAAUUUUGGAGGCGGAGAGGAUUUGA